AUUUUAACUAGUGCUCGACGGACAGUGAAACGAUGAUGAACUUCCAAAAUGUACAGUGGAAUGUGACAACAACGAAAACGACGUAGACGGUGGCUCCUCCGCGCGCAUUCACCAAUGCAACUCAGUAAAUGAGCGAAAAAACAACAAAUCAUUACGAAUUUGUCUCUCAAAACGAAAUACAAAACACAACAUACACUAUCUUCUCUCUCUCUCUAUUCUAUACAAAAUAAACUGAGUUAAAAGAGUGAGAUAGUCAUAUUAUUUGCUAGAGUGAAGGAAAAGAAAAAUACGGCCAAGCAAACACCACAUACGGUAUAAUUCCUUCGAAUCGCGAGAAUAAUCAAUUACAAGUGUCAAACGUGAACGUACGGAACCCGAGAACCGUGUCCGUGUCGUCGUUCGUUCCUUCGUUGUGUGGUGAAUAUAAAUUUUUUUUUUAUAUUCAUCAAAAUUAUAUUUUUUCUGCUCCUUCUCUUUUCUAAAAAGUCUUAUAGGAGUAAAGAAAAAUAUUAAACAAAAAUAUAAUUAAGAAUUAAAAAUUUCCAUUGAAAAAUUAAAAAAAUCAAUUUCAAUUGAAAUUCCGCAAGAAGAAAAUUUUCAAGUGUAGAGAAAUUUAAGAGGAAAACGAAAAAAUUGAUUCUACUCCAAAGUGCAUAUUAAUUUCUCUCCCCGUUUUUUUUUUUUUUCUAUACCUACUGUGAAUUAUAUAUGACAAGUGCAAUAGUCUUUCAAUAUUUAAAUUUGAAUAAUUUCAAAUAAGAAAAAUCAUAAAUUUCCAACCGGAACGUAAAAAAAUUCCUUUCGAGAGGAAAUACAAAAAAAAAAAAAAAUCAUGAAAACCUUUUUGGAAAACCCCCCUGUGAAAAUUUUUAGUAAAUAAAUAAAAAUUUCUCUAUUCGCAGAGCGAGAAAGAGAACACCCCAUUUCUAUACAUAUUGUUGAAAAAAUGUGUAUGCAAGGUGUCAAUACAAAUGUCAUCUCUCUUUAACCAUAGAUAAAACAUACGCGUUGUCCCUUUCGAAAAAUCUAUUUACCCUCUCCCAAUAUCGUAAAGAAAAAUAAAACCAUAACAAAACAGCUGGAGAGCGUGUGCCCGUAAUCGAGCGCGAGCGAGACGGUGAAAUAAAAUUUUGAGUUUCAACUCAAAUUUACAAAAAUAAAAGAGAGCACAACAAAAAAUUAUUGUGAAUGAGUGUGUAAAUAAUAUUUGUAUGAAUAAAAUACCCUCUCUCUUACCCCAAUUGGAUAAGUGGAAGAGAGAGUGAUAAAAAAAAGUGUCAAAACAAAAAAAAAAAAAAAAGCAAAAAUUGUUUAUUUAAAUAAAAAUUGCACAAAAAGCAAUUAUUGAUAUGUCAAAAGUUUAUACUCAAGUGUCAAAAAUUAGAGAGAAUUCACAAUAGUAAUUAGUGUCAAGUGUCAAAAAUAAAGUUAAUUUUGUAAGAAAAAGAAAAAAGUCUCCAAUUGGGAGAGAUAAUAUUCUUGUGUGUUGAUAGCGAAUUCAAAUAAGAAGAGUAUAAAAUUAAAUUCCAAUGAGUAGUUGUAGUUAAGUGUACACACAACACGUUUUUUUGGUGCGAAAUCUCUCUUUUUUUUUUAAGCGAGUUUGCGUAGUUUUAUCUUCUGGCGAUUUGUAGAUUUGUUGUUGUGGAAUUUUUAGAAAGUUUUUUUUUUUAAAUAAAUUUUUGAAAAAAUAAAAUCAAAAUUUAAAAAAAUGCAACCGUGAAUAGCACUUUUUAGUAAAAAAUUAAAAAAAGUGUAGAGAAGUAGAAUUCACAAUAAGAGAUAUAUAAAAAAAUUAUGAGCAUUGAGGUUGUUGGUGUGAACCAGUCAUGGACACAGCUAUCAUCAAUAUUGCUCCCUGUUUCAACAACAACAACAACAACAAACACAUCACCAACCAAGGCAAAAAUAACAUCAACAACAACAACAUCACUCACAUCACAUCCACCACCAUCACCAUCGCCAGAAACAUCAGAAAAAGCAAUAAUAAUAACAACAACAGAUACAAUCGACGACGGCUGUGGAAACUCUCCACUGUCAACAACAACUCCUAGCGAUCCUCUAUCUGACAGUUGUCUGCUGGCUUUAAGUAGUACUGAAGAAGACGACGAAGAAGAAGAAGAAGGUGAAGAAGAACUGUCACAACUGACAGUAAAUGCUGAUGAUAGUAAUGUAGGUCAGCAACAACAAGACCAACAACAACAACAACAACAACAACAGCUGCUGUCAGUGACAUCAUUACCGCCAUUGCCGGAUUUAAUACCAAUUCGUAAGUCUCAACAACAACAAUUGCAAGAAAUUGAAACAACAACAACAAAUUGUUGCAACAACAUUAAUCAGCAACAACAACAAAAAUCACAACAAUCACCAAUUGCAACAUCAUCAUCUAGUCAAAUUUUAUCAAUUAGUAGUAAAAACAUUGCGGAGGGGGAAGUGGAAGAACAAGAAGAAGACGAAGAAGACACAACUAACAACAACAACAACACAAAUAACAACAACAACAACGAAGAAGAAGAAGAAGAUUUGCAACAUUCCACCUUUAUUGAAGAAGCAACAUCAACAAGUUUAGCAACAAAUUCCACACUUUUAGACAAUCAAUCAACGCCAACAUCAGCAACAAUCGCUACAACAACAACAAACACAACAUUCAAUAAUCUAUAUCAAACUGAUUGCAGUAGCAACAUGUCUCAGCAACAUUCUUCGUCAUCAUCAAUGUUGCUACAUGAUCCAACACUAACACCAGUAACAUCUUUGACCGGUCUUCCCAAGACCACUGGUGCCAAGAAACGCGGUAGAAAAAUUAAGACUGAGAUUGAAGAUCCCGACUUGUGUCCGAUACCACAUCGCAAGUCAGAUCGUCGGAGAGUGGCACGCGAUAUAUUUUUAGUGUUUGAAGAACAUCCGGCGAAUAGACGUCGCACGGGGAAAGGUGGCAAAGCUAAACAACCCAAAGCGCGUCCGAAGUCUAAAUUUGCACAUUUAAUGACAGAGCCUAAAAGGCAGCCGAAUAAGAAGACACCAGCUUCGUCAACAGUGACGUCAUCUGUGGGGACAGGAGUGGUGCCACCUGUUCGGAUAAAAUCUGAACCAAAGACACCAACUUCAUCGUUGUCAUGUACAACUCGGAAGACAACUCCAACAGUUCCAGCUGUCAAGGCACCCAAGCCGGCAACAGCAACUAAAAGUACACCAACAACAAAAAACACACCUACACCAACAAAAACUCCAACAACAACAACAACAACUACAACAACAACAGUUCCUCGGGUAAAACCGAUCUUCUUAUUUGUCAAACAAGAAGACACCCGUAUUGUAGAAGUUCGAUGUGAAGAUUACGACAAACGAAAUCGAAUACGAUUGACAAAGACGGCCAAUGGAUGGCGGGCGAUACCACGAACGGAUCCAACAUCAUGUCGAUCUGCUAAGCUUCUUCCAAAUCCAGCUGUCAAAGUGAAGCAGGAGAUGUUUGAAGAAGCACAACUUAGAAAUGCUUCAGUUCCUGUUCAUCAAGAACAACAACCUUUACCACCACCGCCUUCUUCACCUCCCUCACAACAACAACAAUUUGAACCGCCAUCUUCUUCCCCUGUUCCAUCAACUAUUACACCAACGGAAACAGAAAUAGUGGCACCUCUCGAACCUUUGAAACCAUUGAAGAUUCUGCAACCAGCAGAAUUGCUCAAAAAUGCUGCUUCACAUGCAGCAAAGAAGAAAAAGAAAAAGAAGAAGAAGAAAAAACGUAAACUUGCUGAAAAAGAAGAAGAACGAAAAGAAAUCGAAGAAGUAGUGGAAAUAAGUAAAAAUCCAACAGAAGAAGAUGAAGAAGAGAAAGAAGAAGAAGAUGUAGAAGCAGAAAUUCCUGCAGCAAUUAUAGAGAAUCCAAUCAUAUCAACAGAACCAAAUCAUUUAGUAUACGAAAGCACAAAUCAUGAACGAGAAGAAGAAGAACAAGAAGAAGAAAUGGAAGAAGCAGCAGAAGUUGAAGAAAUAGAAGAAGAAGAUGUAAAAGCAAUCGACGAAGAUGACAUGGAUAUACAAGAAGUACCAAUUUCUGUAGAAACUCCUCAAAUUCCCAUCGAACCUGAGCCCAGGGAAGAUGUCGAAGAAGCAGAUAUUGAAGAAGUCAUACCAAACAACUAUGAAGAAGAUGAAGAUGAUCUUCAUAUUCUUCAUCAACAUCACAUGGAACCAAAUAAUAACGAACCAACUGAAGAACUCGCCAAGAAUCUCACACAAAUUUCCGAUGAUCUUGAGUUGGAUGAUAUGCCACAAUUCAUGCAGGACGUGAAUCCAUCAGUUCGGCCAUUACAACUUUGUCCAGAAACUGGACUUUUCAUACAAAAAACACCACCACCAAUUGUUGAAGAAGAUCAUGAUAUGGAUCGUGGUGAACCUGAACCAUCUUCAGAGCCAGAUUUAAAUCAUCAUGAACAUGAAGAUCAUGAUCAUGAUGCUCCAGUGGUAUUGUCAGAUAGUUUUGAUGAUUCCGAUGUUGAUACCAAAAACCUAAAAGACCUCCUUGAUGAUGCAGAUUUACUGCAACAUUGCAGUGAUAAUGCAAUGAGUGGAGCUGAGCUCCUAGAUUCGCUGGUGAAGAGAGGUUGCGAAGAUAAUCACAUAUCUGGCGAUGAGCCAUCGAUUAAAGAGACUAUUUGUUUGGAUGACUUUGAAAAUGAAGAUGAUGAUGUUUUGCUUCAACCUGAACCAGUAGCUGAUAUCAUCUCGAGGCUUGGUGGAUCCCUGGCAGCAUCACCAAAAUGUUUAUCUUUCAAUGAAGCUGGAGAAAUCGAAGAUCUCCAUGGCGAACUCUUCCAAUCAAACACUCAAAACGAUCCGUUCAGUCGUCACACCCUCGAAGAACUCUCCAUCACAAUCAAAGAUCUCGAGAAAUCAGCCGAAGAGAGCUACAAUUCACCUGUGAAACCCAACAAGCCCGCCGAAUCAGUGACCAUUGUGUCACCCGAUUCGUGCGUCGAUGAAAUGCCAAAGGACCUGACGUGCAAAAAAUCACAAAUUGCCGCCGAAAAAGAGAAACCCCCUCAGCCGGCGCUUCUUGAACGCCCCAAUUCGAGAAGUUCUGAUGCCAUUCAAUCGCCACAGCCUAGCGGCCUGCCAGCGGUACCGCCUUCACCAGACUUAGUGCAUUCCAACAAUAAGUCGUCAAAGAAUGUCUUCCUCGAGCAAUUGCUCAAUUCAAGCAAUUCGAUUAGUCCGAAGAUUUGCUCCUCAGUCACUGUGACUCCAAUUAAAAUUCCAAAUGCCCCUACAAAGCAGCAACAAAAAGAACCGUUAGAUUUAGGUAAACACCGAAAAUCAGCAAGUCCAACGGUAAGUUGUUCGGAAGAAGCAAAACGUAUUCAAACGGUUACAAUUGAUGAAGAAACUCCCGAUGAACCGUUACAAAAACGUAUUAAACGUGAAGAAAACGAAGAAGAUGCUUCGUCGGAGAAGAGUCACACUGAAAAUCUUAUCGAAAUGUUAUCGUCUGGUAAGGAUCCAGAUCCAUUAACACAGUUACGCUUGCUUAUACGAAAUCCUGAAUGGAAAGUACCUGAUCCUAUUCUUGUGCCAAAGGAUCGUUUAAGUGCGGUAUUGGCAUCGCCAGCCCGUGAAAUUCCACUCCUGCUCACAACUAGACCUGAAUUGAGACUGCCAGAGGCUUUUGCAUAUCCAGCGAUUCUUCAGGAUCCAGAUAUCCUUGUUAUAUCAAUGGCUCAAUUGGAGACUAUUCUGCAGAAGCAAGUUGAGAUAACUAGACCUAAAGCGAAAACUCCUCCAAUUCCUCAGGUCACGAUCGAAGCGAUUCCGAAUCCCGCCAAAAAUCGGGCUCCCGAGAAACCUAUAUCGGCACCAUCUCCCGAUGUUACUGUAUCGAGUAAAAAACCAGCGGCACCGUCCUCAACGCCGCAAGCGCCCAAACAGAGCAACAACAAUAACAACUUCUUAAAUCCUCUGAUGGGAGACAUCGAUGCGGCAACCCUGGCCGCUUUCAAUCAGAUGCUUUGGCUUCCUUACAUUGGCCAAAUGGCGCCCGAGUUUAUCAAAGCCAUAGCUGGUUUGCAGAAUGGCAACGGUUUGGCCGAACUUAUGCCACUUUUGCAGCAACAGCAAAAUGCACAGCAUGCCAGUCAACAGCAGCAAAAUCAAAAAACCGCCUUCCCAACGCCACCGCAGUUCCAUCCAAUGGCUGCGGCAGCUGCCGCUGCAGGUCUCACCAACCCGUUAGCCGCAUCAGCUGCAUUCCAGAAUCCCCUCGAAAUGGCUAUGUGGCAGGAAGCCCUUACACAAGCUCAAAUGCAGCGAAUGAUGAAGAUGAAUGCAGCAGCUGCUUUAGCUGCCCAGCAACAACAGCGUGAGGUUCCGAAAAAGCCAUCUUCUAAUUCGGAAGCAAAAGCUAGUGCAAAUCGUUCUCACUAUAAUGCAGCGACCUCAAGCUCAAAACAAAUUCCCACAAAUCCUCCCCCGCCCUAUCACCAUUCGCAAGCCAGUCAAUCUAAUCAGCGCCAUCUAGCGUCGUCGGAAAAAAGUAACUUGUCGCGAUCGGUCCCGAAUCCCUUCUAUCGACCGCCCGGCACUGGUAACACUGAUUCAGCGUCAGCCCAUCGCGCUAAACAAAAAACCCAACAACACCAUCAUCAACAUCAAGACCAAAAACCUCGCGUCACAUGCAAGUCCCUGUCAAAUCUGCUACAACCGGAACGUUUAUCCGAAGCUAAAAUGUCAAAUCUCAUGGCAAUGCCUGGUUUCGACUUUGGUUUUAAUGGAAGUGCAGGUAAUGUUGCUGCUGCCGCAGCUGCCGCUGCAAAUCCAUUUCAAUUUGCUUCAGCUGCAGCUGCUGCAGCAGCAGUCGCAUCAGCUGGCCGGUCCAGUGGUGCUGGACAAUAUGGCGGCGGUGGCAGUAAUAGUAGUAGCAGCAGUGUUGGUAGUAGUAAUACUGGUAAUGGUGGUGGUAAUAGUAAUAAUAAUAAUAAUAAUAAUAAUGGAAAUCAUGCAACAGCCUUACAUCGUAACAAUCAAUCAGCUUCCAAUAUGCUUGGCAAUAUGACACCUAGUCAACAUCAUCAUCAACAACAAUUGCAACAUCAUCAACAACAAUUGCAACAACAUCAUCAGCAACUUCAACAACAACAGCAACAACAACUUCAGCAACAUCAGCAACAACAGCAGCAACAACAACAACAACAUCAUCAACAGCAACAGGCUAAGCUUAAAGUUAAGCCUGGUUCGCAUUUAAUUGAUCCGGCAGCUUUGCAAAGGCGGUUGUUGAAUUGCGAAGAUAUGUCUGAAGUUGGUAGUACUACUAAUGGUUUGGAGGAAAUGAUGACAGAUCCGAAUGCAGCGUUAUGGCAUCCGUUAUUUGGAAACUACUUAUAUUCUGUUUGGCAGCACUAAUUUCGAAAGCCAAAUUUGAAUAUUCUCAUUUACCCAAAAAGCUGGCUACAAUAGCCCGUGGCAAUGGACAACUGUAACGGCGAGUGGCGAAUGACAUAUAGGGGCUCGCAAAGAGCCCGCACUCAAUGGUGGUGGUAAUCAAUCAAGUUCCAAUAGCCAA